GCUCUUUAAGCUCCGCUGUCGCCACACAGAGCAGCCAUUCAUCGGCACCACAGUCAGCCACACACUCCCAUGUCGAACCACUGGACAGCUCAACUGGAAUAAAUCGUAAAGACGCUUCUGAGCCGCGGAUUUGGAUACUUUACGCACGGCCAUGGAGUUGGUAAAGGAGCAGUGACCACUCGCUUGAAAGACGACAGUAAACCUAAUACAGCUGAAAGACGUUGUUUCAACUUAAUUUGUUGUUAAAGACAAGAUUGAGUAAGAAUGUCCGGUGAGGAGCAUAGCCUGUCUGAGGCAGAAUUGAGUCCCGGAGGGUCUGAAGAUGCUCACUCGCUGUCGCCAGCGCACUGUGGAACGGUGGGCACCCAGGACUCGCCUCUGGGCGGACAGCAGCAGCUCACCACCCUCUGCGUGGCUGAAGAUUCAGAGGACGGGGUCCAGUCCAGAGCCAAAUCGGACGAAGAGGAUGAUCGCUUUCCCAUUGGUAUCAGGGAGGCAGUGAGCCAGGUGCUGGACGGUUACGACUGGACACUAGUGCCAAUGCCCGUGCGCGUCAACAGUGGAAGCAAAGCUAAGCCGCACGUGAAAAGGCCGAUGAACGCCUUUAUGGUUUGGGCGCAGGCCGCGCGCAGAAAGUUAGCGGAUCAGUAUCCACACCUGCACAACGCCGAGCUGAGCAAGACACUGGGGAAACUGUGGAGGCUGCUAAACGAAAACGACAAGAGGCCAUUCAUCGAGGAGGCGGAGAGACUGCGGAAACAGCACAAGAAGGACUACCCUGAGUACAAGUACCAGCCCCGGAGACGCAAGAACGGCAAACUGACGCCUGUUAAUGAGUCGGACAGCCAGGGGGAAGGGGAGGCCAGUCAUUCCCAGUCCCACUACAAGACCCUGCACCUUGAGCAUAACGGGGCCGCGUCUCCUCUGGGCGAACUGCACCAUCACCACCAUCAUCACCACCACCAUUCUGCAGGUCAAGGUCACAGUCCCCCGACACCUCCUACCACCCCAAAAACAGAGCUACAGUCCGGAAAGUUGUCCGAUUCCAAACGUGAGGGUGGUGCAGGAGCAUCAGGGGGGUCCAGGGGUGCACUGGGAGUGGGGGCUGAUGGAGCGCCUAGUUCUACCUCAUCUGGCGCAAAACCACACAUCGACUUCGGCACGAUGGACAUUGGAGAAAUCAGCCACGAUGUUAUGUCCAAUAUUGAACCUUUUGAUGUGAAUGAGUUUGACCAGUACCUGCCACCCAACGGUCACCCUCAGAGCAGCAGUGGCGCAGCUGCUGGUGGCCCCUCCACCUCCUCAUAUGCCUAUGCUCUGGCCGCUGCAAGCGGGCACUCCGCUUGGCUGUCCAAGCAGCAGUCUCAGACCUCCCCAUCACCCUCAGACCCUGCCAAGGCCCAGAUCAAGAGCGAGUCUGCGUCUGGGAGCCACUACGCCGAAGCCUCGUCCUCCCCUUCCUCUGGCACCCAUGUGACCUACACCCCCUUGAGCCUGCCCCAUUACGGCUCCGCUUUCCCCUCGCUGGCCUCCAGGGCUCAGUUUGAAUACGGGGAGCACCAGGGGCCCGGAGCCUACUACGCUCACUCCAGUCAGGCCCGGGGCAUCGGAAAUGUCUCAAACUUCAUACUGUCAUCCAUCAGGCCGCCGAACCCACCCAAGAGGGGAUCUCCCUCAUGA